CACUCCCACUCGGCAGUCAGCACGAAGACCAGUACACCACGCCUGUGAGUCGUGACCCCGCCACCCAAAACCCCAGCCGCCAAAACCCCAAUCGCCCAUGGCCGCCGGCCGCUCGCCGGCGACCUCCGGCCGGCCCCGCCGGCGCGGCUGGAGCAAGUCCCCGAAGAGACCCCCUCGCCCGUCCUCUCCGCCCCCCGCGUCGUCCCCCUCGCAGGAGCCGACACCACUGCCUCCCGGCGCCGAGGUCGAGGUCCGCGUCGACGACGAUGGCUUCCACGGCUCCUGGUUCGAGGCCAAGGUAGUCGACUUCGCCCCCGCGCGCGGCCCGCGCUACCCGGCGCGGUACACGGUCACCUACUCCCACCUCCUCGCCGACGACGGCGGCGGCACCCUCGCCGAGCUCUUCGCCCCCACGCACAUCCGCCCGCGGCCACCUCCCGCGGAGGAUUCGUCGUCCCCGCCGCGGUUCCUCCUCCACGACAUCGUCGAGGCGUUCCACAACGACGGGUGGUGGUCCGGCAUCGUCGUCGCAGCCCCCAACGACCCCGCCGCGUCCGUCACCGUCGCGUUCCCCAUUACCCGCGAGGUCAUCACGUUUCCGCCUCACUUCGCCCGCCCCCGCCGCGACUACGUCUACGGCGAGUGGGUCCCGUCGCGGUCCGUGAUUGCCGUCCAGCCGAAGCACGCGGUUCGGGUGUACGAGGUCGGGGAGAAGGUCGAGGUGGGGAGGGAUCGGGAGGUGUACGGCUACUCCUGGUUCCCGGCUACGGUGGCGAAGGUGGUCGAUCCGCUGAGCUACGUCGUGGAGUACUUCGAUCUGGAGGAGGAGGGGGAGAGCGGGGCGGAGAAGGCGACUGAGUACCUGCAUUGGCGGUUCAUCAGGCCGGCUGUGGAGCAUUCCCCGCGGGAGAGCGAGUUCCGGCUCGGGCCCAGCGCCGCGGUGGAGGCGUACUGCGACGGGGCGUGGUCGCCGGGAGUGGUGCGCAGGGUUGUCGGGGAAGGUGAGUAUGAGGUCACUAUUGAUGGCAAGAUGGCGGAGCUGCUGGUGACUAAGGUGGUGGAGUUGCUCAAGCCGCAGUACAAGUGGAAUGGCAAGCAAUGGAGGAUUGUUAGUGCUAAGAGACAAGCUAACUUGAGGCGGCGGUCUAUAUCUGGAAAAAGUCCAAGCUCACCUGUUGACGUGGCAUUUAGUGAUGAUGAACACAGUCAUGAUCCUGAAUCUUCUGCCACCAAAAGGUCAAGGAAAAAACUGCAGCAGCUAGAGGUCAUAUUAACUGAUGGAUCUGAACAUUCUUCAGUCUCUGAGAUGGACACUCAUUUAUCUUCUCUGUGCAAGUCACCAGCAAGCAAUCAUUCUCCGAAUUCUUGUUCUCCACUCUCAGCAAAGAAUAGUCUUCAAGUGCUUUCACACAGGAAAGUGAGUUCAGCGCCAACGAAUGUUCUUCUUUGUGCUUCUUCAGGACAUUCAACGCCUCAAAACGAAUCAAUGCCAAAUGGUACUGGAGAAACAGUGCACAAUCAAGAAAUCAUGUCUGAGAUGAUGCUUUUCAAUGGUCAGCUUAGUACACCCGUUUGUGGAACAAGUGCUGAUGAUGCCUACGAUAUGCUUUCAAUUGCAGAACUAAGAAAGAAAAUGGCUUCAGCUCGCAUAAAUAGUGCUUCCCAACCAACACAGAAAAAACUGCUCUCUGUCAAGACACUUAAGGUAAAGAAAGAUAUAUCCAAGAGUAAAAGGAGCAAAACACACCCUAUUCAAGAACUUCAAGGGAAAAAUGAUGCCUCGGAUAACAUUCAGUCGAAGGGAAACAUCAAUUUCUCUAGUACGGACAUUGUUUGUGCUUUGACUGCCUCUGUGGAAGGCCAGACCACUUCAGUGCUGAAUAGACAGGUGUCAAAACGGACUAAUAGUGGUUCAAAUUCAAAGGUUCUUACCCACAGGAAAUUGUCUAAAAGGAUAGGAUCAAAAAAACUGUGUAGUCCAUGUAGCUCAUUGGAUGCGACUAGUACUGUUCAUCAGAGAAGAAGAAAGAAAGUGGCAGGGCUAAUGAAAGAAUCUUCCUCAACAUUGGAAAGUACAAAAUCUGAUACUCAGCAGCUGCUCGACGUAACUUUGGAGGAUACUCUGAACAUAAAUGGAUUAGCAAAUCACGUACUGUUAUCGAUAGUACCUCCACGCUUUGAAUCAAUGCAUAAUAAAAAUGGUAUUGACAUACAUGUUAGUAUGUUGGAAGAAGAGCCAACUCCUGCGAUCAACAUCUGUCAAGCGAACAUAAAUCCAGAUUUAUUCACAGAGCAUGCUGCUACCCAAGUAGCUAAAAGCAACCAUCUUAUGGAGACAGCUAUCCUAUCUCUUGAUUGUCCAGUUCAACAGGCUGGUGAGGAAGUGGAUGAGAGAUCAAUCCUUCUACGUUCUGGGAGCACACAAUGCACCAUGGACAUGGACAAUUCUCCAUUAAGGAGCUGCUCUGUUGCUGGGAGCUCUAUGCCUUCACAGUUUUCUCUCUCUCAAAUAUCUGGUCACCAGGCUCUGUUCGUCAAGAACACUCCUGCAUGGCCUCUAAUUGAAGCAAUGGAUGUGUUUAAGGAGGUACCGCAACAGCCGCAUUUCCUUCCACUUCGAGAAUAUUCACCGGCACUGCGUGAAGGAAUGGCUUUAGGUCUGAUGGUCUCGUUUGCCAACUUAGUGAAAAGUACAAGGGAAUCAAGCAUAGAUGACAGCAUGGAAUUGUUUGAGGACAAAAUCAGUACACUUCGCCAUUUAGAGGCAAAUGGAUUCAACGUACAGUUUUUGCAGAGCAGUCUCACCAAAUUGCUCCAGAUCAAAUCUAGUUGUUCCAAUUAUCUCGGAGAAAUAGACAAGCUGAAAGCACAGAUGGAGGGGACGACAACCUCCUUGUCCAAAAUUGAUGCAUUGCUCUUUGAAAAGGAUAGAGCUGUAGCUGAGCUUGAGCAGAAACUUGGGCACCUCCGCCAGGAAUCGCAGCAGAUUGCAAAGGACAAAGAACAUGAAGACGCAGAACUCUUGAAACUCAAAUCGGCACAUAGCAGGUUGGAGGAAGCGUACGGAGAUGCCGAACGGCAGUUUCAGAGCGUCUUGGCUGGGCUGCACCGAAAGCAGCUAACUUGAUGUACGGAUAUCGCUCCGAUGUUUCUAAUUCGACAUUAUGUUAACUCAUGCUUCAGGGCUGUAGUCUGUAGGUCUUAAGGUUAUCUAGGUACCGUUGCGGUCUCGGAUGAACAACUUUGGUCAUUCGCUACUUUUUAUGUGGUCAUUCGCUACUUUUUAUGUAUGUACAAGAUGCCCAUGGCCUAGGGAGCUUGAUGGAAUUUAAACUAUUUAUAUUUUCU